UUGUCGGCUCUCGGUGGGCGGGGCCGCCGGCAGAGCACAGGCGUAUCCCGGGGGGGCUCGGUCUUCCAGAUCAACGCUUGGGCACGGCGGCUGAGCGUGCGAGGCGGUCGUUGCUUUUCCGAGUCAUUCUCUCCCAGGCUCGGUCCGGUUGUCAUCAUGGCCCGUGGAAAUCAACGAGAACUUGCCCGCCAGAAAAACAUGAAGAAAUCCCAGGAAAUUAGUAAGGGGAAAAGAAAAGAGGAUAGCCUGACUACCUCUCAGAGGAAGCAGCGGGACUCUGAGAUCAUGCAACAAAAGCAGAAGGCAGCCAAUGAGAAGAAGUCUAUGCAAACAAGAGAAAAAUAAUGACUAUCUGGAAAACCUGGGUGCUACUGCUAACUAGGUGUAUCAUAAGCUCUAUGAUCAAGAUUUUGUAGAGUGAACAGUCAGUACAUAUGUUAUAUCCUUAUAAAACUAUUUUAAACUUUUCCUUCCAACCUGACUUAGUGUGAUGUUUCAGAACCAUUCUUCAAAGAAUAAAACACUAACCAUGCAUAUGA